GAGUGAGCGUUCGGUGGAGAGCAACAUGAGGACCGGGCUGAUCCUGCUGGGGCUUCUGGGCUUCGUUCACAGUCUGGUGAGGGUCCCGUUGAGUCGCGCGCCCCCGGUGCGAGGUCGCCUGCGCGCCGCUGGCCAGCUGGAGGAGUUCCUGCGCGAGCACGAGCCGGACGCCUUCGACCGGCGCUACGCCCAGUGUUUCCCGGCCGCUCAACACUUCCUGCGCACGGGCGGCAGAGCCACUGAGAGGCUCUACAACUUCAUGGACGCGCAGUUCUUCGGUCAGAUCAGUCUGGGUAAACCGGAGCAGAACUUCACGGUGGUGUUUGACACGGGAUCCUCUGACCUCUGGGUCCCGUCGUCCAAAUGCGUGAGCCAAGCGUGCGCGAUGCACCACAAGUUCAAGGCCUUUGAAUCGAGCACGUACGCACACGACGGACGAGUCUUCGGCAUCCAUUACGGCUCCGGUCACCUUCUGGGAGUGAUGGCCAGAGAACAGCUGAGGGUGGGCUCUAUGACCGUCCAGAAUCAGGUGUUCGGCGAGGCUGUGUACGAGCCGGGCUUCACUUUCGUCCUGGCUCAGUUUGACGGGGUUCUGGGUCUGGGUUUCCCUCAGCUGGCAGAGGAGCUCGGCUCUCCUGUGUUCGACAGCAUGAUGGCGCAAGGCCUGCUGGAUGAGCCCGUCUUCUCCUUCUAUCUCAAGAACGGCGACUCAGGCUUGGGAGGGGAGCUGCUGUUCGGAGGAGUGGAUGAAACGCGGUUCGUUCCUCCCAUCAUCUGGGCUCCGGUCACUCAGAAGGGCUACUGGCAGAUCAGAUUAGAUGUUGUGAAGGUUCAGGGAGCUCUGAGUUUCUGCCAUCGCAGUAAUCAUGGCUGUCAAGCUGUAGUGGACACGGGAACGUCUCUGAUCGGCGGCCCAGCCAGAGACAUCAUGAUCCUCCAGCAGGUCCUCGGAGCAACACCUACCGCGUCCGGAGAGUAUCUGUUAGACUGUGCCAGGAUCAAGAGUCUUCCUGUAGUGUCCUUCCAGAUCAACGGCGUGGAGUUCUCCCUCACUGGAGAGCAGUAUGUCAGGAGGGAGAGGCUGAACAACAAGGAGAUCUGCUUCAGUGGCUUCCAGUCCAUAGACCUGCCUUCUCCGGCGGGAGCCGUGUGGAUCCUGGGGGACGUGUUCCUCUCUCAGGUGUACAGCAUCUAUGACCGGGGUCAUAAUCGGGUGGGAUUGGCUCAUCUCGCAUGAGCGCCACAGGUCAUCAUGUAGAUCA